ACAUUGUUAUCUUUAUAUUGUAUGAACAUCCAGCCUCUGACAUGUUUGAGUUUAUAUUUAUUGAGUUGGGAGUUAUUUUGUUUAUAAUUUUGUCUCCAAAGCUCAGUUAGAGAAAAGCCUAUUUGCUUCUUUGCCCAGUUGUUGCAGAACACUAGAAAUACUUUAUUCCUUUAUAUGGGCCUGGAGCACGUCCGUCACUCCUCCGGGGGGAGGUCUGAGUUUCAGGAAAACAAAAACAAAAAAACCUCUGAAUAACAACAGCAAUGUGUCACUGAGAAUGACAGCAGCACAUACCUGUAUAUCAAGCUACCACGCACUGUAAAAAGGGACCAUGGAAAACCUGACUGCAGGUUACCAACGGGAGACAAACCAGCUUGCAUAUAUCUCACUGUUUAUUUCAUGUGUUACCCGUUUGCUUCUUUUUAUUACACUUUUCAGUUCACAGGCAGUGGGAAUCCUACAUUCCAUGAAGCUCUAUAAUGAAAGAUAUAGGCGAAUUUGGAAAGCAUCUGGCUGGGUGUUUUCUGGCUUGUUCAUCGGACUAUGUGCAGGUCAGCAGAAUGUAACCAGUGUUCUUCUAAGCAUCAACAUAUUUUUAUUUUUUUCCAACUGGAUUCUCCCUGUGAUGAUCCCUAUAAUGCAAUUAGUUUUAUUUAGGUUUGUCCUGGGUCAAUACAGAGGUGUCCGUUUGAAAUUUAACCCAAAGAACCUUUUUGGAGAGUUUAUUGCAUUUUUCUUCUUUGUUUUCUAUUGUGCUUUUAUAGCAAGUUUGUCCAUCAUUGUGAUUUUCACUAUGAACGCUGCAUUAAUAUAUUACAGCAUAUCAUCCUACUUUCUUGGCUUUAUGCCCUGGCAAUGGAUUCUCCUAUACUUCGUCUAUGUGGCAAUAAUGGACACAUUUCUUUUCAUCUCUGGAAAAACUUUGAUUUCAGAAGAAUCUAAAAAAGCGACAGUGGAGAAAAGUGAAGACUGUGCUGCAAACAUGACACAUGCUGUGCAAGCCGAAGCAACUAAUAGCAGUUUGGCUUCUUUCCAAGCCAUAGCCACAAAUCUUUCAGGAGAAACACUUAAUAAAGAACCACAGGAAUGUCAUUCAAGUGAGAACUCUACACACUCACAUGUGAAAACAUCUCCAGCAAACCCUAAAUCCCUCAAGCUUUCGACUCCUGCACCGAACUCUAACAACCCAGAGCAUUUGCCUCCUGCAGCAACACAAUCCGCCCAACCGAUUUCCGACCACUGGUUAACGCGCAUCAAACGGGGACUUAAAAUGUAUAAAACCAACAAAAAUAAUAGGCAUGUCACCAAACGGUGUAGAAACAAAAUUGUCUGAGCCACCGCAUUUACAAUAUAAUGUAUAUGACCAAUGGAAGACACAGCAGGGCUUUCCGAUGAACUGAUCAACUUUUUCAGGUUUUCUUGCAACACACAGUUAUGUUCAGUCUUUUUUUUAAUAUUAUUUUAGGAAGUUUUCAGUGUAUGGUUUGCUUAUAAAAAUGACAAAUUUUUAAUGGA